UAAUUUUACGGAGUACUAGCCCCACCCUCCUUUCUGCAGCGUGCAAGAACUAAAAAUGACGGAAAAACAGAAAGAGCCCUUGUUGGAUGCUUCUCGUCCUCCCCAGCUGGAGAGACUUUUUGCAGGUGAUGGCUACCUCACUUCCUUUGAGGGUGACCUCCUCUUAAGAUGGAGUCGCUAUGCGACCCUAAGGAACAGCAUAAUAAAGAAUGAAGGGAGUCUGGCUGAGUUUGCAACCGGUUAUAAUAAGCAUGGUCUGAGGCAGCUGCCCAAUGGGGACAUUGAAUAUCUUGAAUGGGUUCCAAAUGGAGAGACGGUGUCACUUGCCGGAGACUUCAAUAAAUGGGAUCCCUCGGCUCACGUCUGCACUCACCUUGAGUACGGGAAGUUUUACUUGAAACUCAAAGCGUCCGAAAAUGGGACCCCAGCCAUACCUCACAAUUCUCAAGUCAAAGUAGUCAUAAAGACACAAGAUGGCCAGACCCUUUGGAGGAUGCCUCCUUGGACUCGUUACACUAUUCAAAAUAAGGACCUCGUCUACAUCCCUCGGCACUGGGCCCCGCCCACACCAUACAAGUGGGUACACGGUCACCCUCCUAAGCCGACCAGUGUUAAGAUAUACGAGGCUCACGUGGGAAUAUCUUCUCCAGAACCUAAGAUUGCUAGUUAUAAAUAUUUUGCUGAUAAUGUUCUCCCAAGGAUAGCCGAUUUGGGUUAUACUUGUGUUGAGCUGAUGGCAGUCAUGGAACACGCCUACUACGGGAGCUUUGGAUAUCAUGUCACUUGCUUCCAUGCCCCCUCAAGUCGCUAUGGUAACCCGGAUGAGCUCAAGUACCUUGUAGAUACUGCCCACGGACUGGGGCUGUCUGUGAUUUUGGACGUGGUACAUAGUCACGCUGCUCGUAACGUUGACGAUGGAUUAAACCGGUUUGACGGGUCUGACGCUUGUUAUUUUCACAGUGGGCCACGUGGGGACCACACCCUCUGGGACAGCAAGAUAUUCAAUUACGAGGAAUGGGAGGUUCUUCGUUUCCUCCUCUCCAAUCUCCGCUGGUAUAUAGAAGAAUACCGGUUUGACGGGUUUAGAUUUGACGGAGUUACAUCAAUGCUCUACCAUCACCAUGGUAUCGGUACUGGGUUUAGUGGCGAUUAUAAAGAGUAUUUCAACAUGUCCGUUGAUCUCAGUGCUCUGGUAUACCUCAUGCUGGCCAAUAGUUUAUUGCAUGAAUUGUAUCCUUUUGUAAUAACUAUUGCUGAGGACGUAUCAGGUAUGCCCACAUUGUGUCGUCCUGUUGAAGAAGGAGGAGUGGGAUUUGACUUCAGACUAGCAAUGGCUAUACCAGACAUGUGGAUCAAGCUACUCAAAGAGGAGAAAGACGAGGACUGGAAUAUAGAGUCAAUAUGGUGGACACUAACCAACAGGAGGUAUCACGAGAAGUGUAUAGCAUAUGCCGAGAGCCAUGACCAAGCAUUGGUAGGCGAUAAGACCCUGGCCUUCUGGCUGAUGGAUGCCGAGAUGUACUCCAAUAUGAGCACUGUAGCUCCUCGUACUAUUGUCAUUGAUAGGGGGAUGGCCCUUCAUAAGAUGAUUCGAUUGGUCACGAUGAGUCUAGGGGGCGAGGCCUACCUGACUUUUAUCGGUAAUGAGUUUGGGCAUCCUGAAUGGCUGGAUUUUCCUCGUAAGGAUAAUGGGUUUAGUUACAAGUACGCUAGGCGUCAGUUUAAUUUGGUCGAUGACAAGCUACUCCGCUACCAUUUUUUGUAUAAUUUUGAUCGCGAUAUGAUUAAACUUGAGACAGACUAUCCUUUCCUCUCGUCUCCGCCCGCUUACGUCAGCAGAAAACACAAUGGAGACAAGGUUCUCGUUCACGAGAGGGGCGUGGCAUCGACUGUCUUUGUAUUCAACUUUCAUCCAACUCAGAGUUUUUCAGAUUAUCGCAUUGGCGUCUAUUACCCUGGUACCUAUAGAAUAGUCCUUAAUUCCGACCGGAAGGAGUAUGACGGUCACGAUAGGAUUGAUGAGUCCCUGGACUAUGUGACAAGUGAAGGAGAAUUCGACGGUCGACCUCAUUCUUUGUACCUGUACCUACCAUCAAGAACUGCUCUAGUUCUAGCAAGAAAGAACUGAUUUGAAUUAACGUUUAAGUGUGUCUUUUUUGAUGGUAAUAAUCUGUGUGUUGUUUUUGGGGUACUUUAGUGGUUUUUAUAGUAUAACUAAUCUAUUUUAA